AUGGCGGCGUCGACGUCGACUCUCUCGGUCCCUCUGCCUGACCAUGUUCAUCGUCCUGGUCCGCCACCGCCUGCUAGCUGGCAGGCUCAAGCCGCGCCGGGUCAUAAACCAAUGCGGUAUAGAGACAAGUUUCUCGCUUUGAAAGACCAAUAUGAGACUCUUGAACUCGUCCAGAAAGACCGUAAACGCGAGCUUGAGCGCGCGAUGGACAAGGAGCGCAGGAUGCAGGAUGAGGUCAAUAUGCUUCUAGAUGCCGCUGCUCAAUCCUUCCCGCACGACUUUGGCCACCCCGUACCGCCCCCGCCGCCACCGGCCCAACAGGCGUAUGAGCCUCCCCGCACUCGCGAGUCGUACGCACGCGAACCACCCUAUGACGCGCCGUCUCGUGACACAUACUACGAGCAACAACGUGCUGGGUACGCGCCUCCACCAGCUGCGUACCGCGAUGAGAGGGGACACAGGCAAGAGGAGCGACGGCCGGUAUACGACGAACGACGGCCAGUCUAUGACGAGAGGCGCCCAGUCUAUGAGGAACAACGACCUGUACAGGACGAGCGUAUGCCUGUGCAUGAUGAGAGACGUCCUGUAUACGACGCACGAAGACCUGCGCACGAUGAGCGCCGUCCUGUAUACGAUGAGCGGAGGCCAGUAUAUGACGAGCGACGUCCAACCCACGACGACCGAUACGCGCCGCCGCCACUGGAUACGCCGCAAGAUAGCCGCCGACCGGUAUACGACGAACGCCGAGUUCCGCCGUCUUCUGCUCCCAUCUCACCGCACGACGACCGUGGCCCACGUCUGCCUGUUCCUGAAGGACGCAGGCAGGUUUAUGAUGAGCGUGUGCCCGUAUAUGAUGAGAGACGUCCUGUAUAUGACGAGCGGCCGACAUUGUCACCUAUUGAUGACCGUCGCGGGCCUCCAGUUGACGAUCGUCGCGUGGUACCCGUCGAUGACCGUCGGGCGCCUUCUCUUGACGAGCGCAGGAUACCUUAUGACCCUGCUCGGCACUCGACGUACUCUUCGCCUCCACCACCUCGAUCGCAUGCUCGUGGGGAAUACAGCCCACCACAGCCGCCACGCCAGCCUGUAUAUGCUGCUGCACCCUCCCGUGAGCCAUCAUACGGGGCCAGGGAAAGAGAGACAUCGUACGCACGCGAAGUUCCUCCUUCCUAUGCCGGCGCACCUUCGCUUCGCGAACGGGAGAUGUCAUACCCUACCGCGCCGCCACCUCCCCGGGAUCGGGAAACUUCCUACCCGUCAUCAGCCGCCCGAGAAGCUUCGUACCCUUCAACGCCUGCCCGCGAAACGUCUUACUCCCGCGAGCAGGCGUAUGUAAACGGAAACGGGGCUGGGAAUGGGAGUGCGCCUGGGCAUUCGAGGAGAGGGUCGGUUGGAAGUAUACAUGGGCCUACGAGUGCGAAUGGUCAUGCGCAAGCCGGCGAGGGAUGGGCGUCACCUGGCGCGCGGUGA